AUGUACCCAGCUGUAUCUCAGGUGUACCCAGGUGUAACCCAGCUGUAUCUCGGGUGUUCUCUCCCGCAGUUCCUGUCCGUGUGCUCCCCGCUGACGCAGGAGCACCCCGAGGUGCUGACGUUCCUGGGCUCGCGGCACCUGCGGGCCCACCCGGAUUUCCGGGGCUCGGCCGAGUUCCGGAACAUUCUGGGCCGGCUCCUGCGGCGCGUGCGGGACCGGCCCCGCAAGGUGUACGUGUACAUCAACGAGCUGUGCACCGUGCUCAAGGCCCGCGCCCUGCGGCGCCGCCUGGCCCUGCGCUCCGCCCCGCCCGCCGCCGACCCGUGUCCGCCCAGUACGGACCACGCUCCGUCCCGCUGCUCCGGCGCCUCCUCCCGGCUCGCCGGCUCCGAUCCCUCUCGGCGGCCCGAGGAGCCGCGGCGCUCGGGCGGCUCCCGGCGGCAGAUCCGGCACCUGGAGCACCUGCUGCGCGUCUACGCCAGCGAGAUCCGGCGGCUGCAGGAGCGGGAGCUGGACCUGGCCGAGCUGGACAGCGCCGACUCGCCGUACCUGCAGGAGAACCGGCUGAAGCGGCGCAUGAUGCGCAUCUUCCGCCGCCUGUGCCAGCUCAAGGAGUGCAGCAGCCUCACGGGCCGGGUGCUGGAGCAGCGCAUCCGCUUCCGGGGCACGCGGUACCCCGAGGUGAACCGGCGCAUCGAGCGCUUCAUCAACCGGCCCGACGCCUUCCCCGACUACUCGGACAUCCUGCGGGAGAUCCGCGGCGCCAGCGCCCGCCACGGGCUGGGGCUGGGCCGGCGGCAGAUGGAGAACAUGGCCCAGGAGGCCUUCAGGGAGGUGGGCAACCGGCUGCAGGAGAGGAGGCACCUGGACCUGGUGUACAACUUCGGGAGCCACCUGACGGACCAGUACCGGCCAGGCACGGACCCGGCGCUGUCGGACCCCGAGCUCGCGCAGCGGCUGCGCCGGAACCGGCGCCUGGCGCUGGCCCGCCUGGAUGACGUCAUCGCCCGCUUCGCCCAGCGCCAGGAACGGAGCCGGGACACGGAACCGGCCCGGAAACACCGGAACAAG